AUGUCCGACGCCAUGCUCCCCUCGCACAACGGCGACCUCUCCGCCAACUCCUCCGGCCACAUCAACAACGAGAAGGGCCGCGCGGCUGAUAACCAGACUACCGCCCCCGGUGACCUCGUCGUCAAGAACCUCCAGCUGGUCGGCAGAGAUGGAGUCCUACCCUCACCUGCCACCGGGCUAGCGCCUGGCGGGCCUGGCCGAACUUUUUUCUCCUCCAAUCUUCCAUCAGCCGCAGCGCGCAGCGCCGCGUACUGCCUAGCCGCAGCAGCGUCCGUGCGUGUGUGGGCGGGGACCGUGCGUGAUUCAUCUCGCCCACACUAUCUCGAGCCAGGCGCGAACGGGCCCGCGCCUGCUGCCUCGGGCCUCGACGCUAUCGCCUGUCUGGGCGAGUUUGUCGGCACGACGCUCUUCCUCUUCUUCUCGCUCGGUGGCACCAGCGUCGCUCUGCAGGCUGCCAACUCGGUCACUGGCAACGUUAAGGACGGCGCCUCGACCUUCAACACCUCCAACCUUGGUGGUGUCACCCUGGCACCGUCAUCUGGUGCCCAUUGUGGGGUUCCCAAAUAG